AUGGGCCUUGUUCAGUACGACAGCAGCGACGAUGAUGAGAUGCAAGAUGAGCCCCAGGCUUCUGUUCAAUCAGCAAAAGAAACUUCAGAAACACAGAAAAAGGCCUCCAUUGAUGCUUCUGAGCAACCAAGUACCCCCUCCAUACCAUCAGCUGUCUCACAACCUAUAGCUACAACAUUUCAACAACUCCAAACUUCCGAACUACCACCUCAACAAGAACCCCUCGGCCCAGCUCCCGGCCCCUCUCAAACCCCAGUCCUGGGCCCAGCCCUUGGUCCCUCCCUCCCCUCCCCCUCCCAAUUGCGCCAAUCCUCAACCCUCCCCGACCCCGAUGACGAAGUCGACCUCUCCUUCCUCGACAACGAUGCCCCACAAAACGGCAGCGCCCCAACAGGCCCUCCUAAAUCCCCCUAUACCGCGACCCGCACCCUCCUUCGGGACCUAACCCUUCCGGCCGUCCCAAACCUCGACAUCCCCCCUUCUCCAGGGGGUACCCCUCCUCCAGGGCACGACGCGCUUACCUCCAAAUUUGAACACUUCCUCCAGCUGAAGCGCACCAAAGGCGUGCAUUUCAACCAGCGGCUGGCCGACAGCAAGGGCAUGCGCAACCCAGCGAUGAUGGACCGAUUGUUAGGAUUUGUCGGGGUCGAAACAGAGAUUGACUUUGGAGAAGCAGAGUAUUAUGAAGGUCAAGGAACUUCGCAGCAGCAAAGGGUAGUUGAGAAAGCAACGGAACAGUAUGCGACGGUGCUGUCAAGGGAAGUAUGGGAUCCGCAUGGGUUUCCGGCGUGGGCUUUCCGAGGGGGGUUGAAGAGGUUGACGGAACGGGCGGAGCGAGAGAGGGCGAGAAAGCCGGGGGAGCCGAUUGAGUUUGUGUCGGCUUCGUCUUCAAAUACGGGGUCUGCUGCGGGCACUGGGGCUGACAGCGGUGAGCGAAGUGGAAGCAGGUCGGACACACCUGGGGUUGGAGGAGUCAAGUGGAAAGGUAGAUGGGAUUGA